AUGCCGCCCAUCCCAAUCUCGCUUUCUUCAACCUUCCUGUGGCCUCUCGACGCAUCAUCAGUCCCAUUCCGACAGGAUCUUCCUCCUUCCGGAGGCUACCAGCCUAUCCGAUACAAGCGUAACUUGCCAGGCAAGAACCUUUCGGGUCUUACCAUCUUUGGCGGUGUCAUCGCUGUCUGUGCAUACGGCUUUUACAAGGUUGGCCUUGGCAACCUCGAACAACGAGAGCUGAAGAGGGAGCGAGCAUGGUCUCGAAUUCACCUCAUCCCCGUCCUCAUGGCCGAAUCAGACCGCGACACGUACCGACGAAACGAGGCUCAGAUUGCACGAGAGAAGGAGAUCAUGAAGGACGUUCCCGGCUGGGAGGCUGGAAAGUCGGUGUACAACACAAAACGAUACACUCCACCCAACUUUGUCGUCCUCUAG